AUGGUUGAAAAGGAAGAGGCAGUAUUCCGCUCUGCGGAGAUGUCUUUGGUUCAAUUAUAUGUUCCUACAGAAGUUUCAAGAGAAGUGGUAUAUGAGAUUGGACAGCUUAAUUUGGUGCAAUUCCGUGACUUGAACUCCAAGGUGAACGAAUUCCAACGUUCAUUCGUUAAGGAAUUGAGAAAGCUUGAUAACAUCGAAAGGCAAUUCUUCUCCUUCAAGACUCAACUUGACAAAAGAGAUAUCGCAAUCAAGGCUUACCCUUACGCUCUGGACUUAGCGAGAGUUGCUCCUCAAUCUGAAAUAGAUGAGUACUAUGAAAAUUCAUCUUUAUUGGAAGACCGUGUUAAUCAGUUGAUUGAAAGUAACGAAACCUUGUACAAGAAGCAGCAAGAUUUGCAACUGAAAAAGUACACAAUCCAAGGUGUGGGAAACUUUUUUGCAAGUAACGGAUCUUCUAGUGGUGUCAAUAUCACCGACGACUUAGAAACCGGUGGAGUCCCUACAUCAUCUCAUUCAUCCUUUAUUGCUGGUGUAAUCAACCGUGACAAGGUCGCAGUACUUCAGCAAAUCUUGUGGAGAGUACUUAGAGGUAACUUAUACUACCACACUGAGGAAUUAACCGAAAAGAUUUACGAUGAUAAAUCAAACACAUUUGUUGAGAAGAAUUUUUUUAUUAUCUUUUCCCAUGGUUCUUUGAUUUUCCAGAGAAUUAAAAAAAUUUGUGAGUCUUUGGACGCUUCUUUGUAUGAUGUUGAUAUUACCAGCUCAUUAAGAGAAGAAGCUCUCUCUGAAACUGAUGCCAAGUUAACAGAUCUCUCUAUUGUGUUGGAGCAAACUGAAAAUGCUUUGAGUACUGAAUUGAUUGCCAUCUCCAAAGAACUUGCUAAGUGGUGGGAAAUUAUAGCAAGGGAAAAAGCAGUCUAUAAGACUAUGAACCGUUGUGAUUACGAUGAUGGUAGAAAGACUCUUGUAGCCGAAGGAUGGAUCCCAAGUGACGAAAUUCAAACUUUAACUACCACUGUGAAAACCACUUCCCAGUCAGUGCCAACUAUUAUUAACGUCUUAGAAACUACCAGAACUCCUCCUACUUUCCAUCGUACUAACAAGUUCACUGAUGCCUUUCAAAAUAUCUGUGAUGCCUAUGGAAUUGCUUCAUAUCGUGAAGUUAACCCAGGUUUACCUACGAUCAUCACUUUCCCAUUUAUGUUCGCAAUUAUGUUUGGUGAUUUAGGGCAUGGGUUUAUUUUAUUCUUGGCCGCAUUGGCACUUGUAUUAAAUGAGAAGAAAUUAGGUGCUAUGAAACGUGAUGAAAUUUUCGAUAUGGCAUUUUCUGGUAGAUACAUCUUAUUGUUAAUGGGAAUUUUUUCCAUGUACACUGGUACAUUAUACAACGAUGUUUUCUCCAAGUCAAUGACCCUUUUCAACUCUGGAUGGGAAUGGCCAGAACACUUUAAAUUAGGUGAAACUGUUUUAGGUAAACAGGUAGGAACCUAUGCUUUCGGUAUCGAUUCGGCAUGGCACGGAACUGAGAAUGCUUUGUUAUUCACAAAUUCUUAUAAGAUGAAGCUUUCCAUCUUGAUGGGUUAUGUCCAUAUGUCUUACUCAUAUGGAUUUUCAUUAGUCAAUUAUCUUAAUUUCCACAGUGUGAUUGAUAUUGUUGGUAAUUUCAUUCCAGGUUUGAUUUUCAUGCAAGGUAUCUUCGGUUACUUGUCCCUUUGUAUUGUUUACAAGUGGUCUGUUGAUUGGUAUGCCAUUGGAGAACAACCACCAGGAUUGCUUAACAUGUUGAUUUCUAUGUUCUUAUCUCCAGGUACUAUUGCUGAGCCAUUAUAUAGUGGCCAGUCCACAGUUCAGGUUGUCUUAUUAUGUGGAGCUUUAAUCUGUGUUCCAUGGUUAUUAUUGGUUAAACCUUUGUACUUUAAGAGAAAACUUGAUAAGGAAGCUGCAGAAGCGCAAUACCAGGAGCUUCAUGGGAGUGAAACCACUGUACAUGAAGAAGAACCAGAACAUGAUGAUGACGAUGAAGACCACGAGGAGCAUAACUUCGGUGAUAUUAUGAUCCAUCAAGUUAUUCACACAAUUGAGUUCUGUUUGAAUUGUGUUUCUCAUACAGCUUCAUACUUGAGAUUGUGGGCUUUGUCCUUGGCCCAUGCUCAGUUGUCUACCGUUUUGUGGUCCAUGACUAUGGCUAUUGGAUUUGGCCCUACUGGUGUUUUUGGUGUAAUUAUGGUUUUCUGUUUGUUUGCCAUGUGGUUUACUUUGACUGUUGUCAUUUUAGUCCUUAUGGAAGGUACUUCUGCCAUGUUGCACUCUUUGAGAUUACACUGGGUCGAAUCCAUGUCCAAGUUCUUCAUCGGAGGAGGUAGUCCCUAUGAACCAUUUGGUUUCAAGGAUUUGUUGAGUGACAUUUUGUAA